CGGGGGAAGCAUACGACAAACGCUGACUUCCUGUAUUUUCUUUUAACGAAUGAAUACGUUACGCAGAACAUAAGCGAGAGGGUUAUAAUAUCUGAAAACGGUAUCGCUGUGGAUGCCACUGCUGUAAAUGCGGAUUGUUUACAGCAGCCCUCGCAUCCUUUCCUCCCUCCCCUUUUCCUCUUUCCCGGAGCGCCGGAGCGCUGGUGGCGAGGCAGCGGCUACAGCAGCUCCCGCUGACCGAAGAUAGCGCCUGCAGAGCCGGCCACGGCCGUCACAUCACCCCGGGCCCCUGGAGGGUGCCAUCCAGAGCAAAGCAGGAAGCAAGCUCAUUGUGCAGCAUCAUUCUUCCGUGAAGAAAAGCGCACAGCCACUUCUGGAUUUUAUUCAUCUUCACCUCCAGGUCUUUUCAGGAGUUUGGAUGUGCAGUUUCACAUGAUAUGGCUGUUCUUAAACUAGUCGACCAGCCACCCCUCAUCCAAGCCAUCUUUAAUGGAGACCCCGAUGAGAUUCGUGUGCUCAUAUGUAAAUCAGAAGAUGUCAAUGCACUGGACGCUGAGAAGCGAGCUCCCCUUCAUGCAGCAGCCUUCCUCGGAGAUGCUGAGAUCACAGAGCUCCUCAUUGUGUCAGGGGCACGGGUCAAUGCCAAAGAUAACAUGUGGUUGACUCCACUACACAGGGCAGUGGCAUCACGUAGCGAGGAGGCCGUUCGCGUGUUGAUCCGUCAUUCUGCCGAUGUUAACGCACGGGAUAAGAACUGGCAGACUCCGUUGCAUGUCUCUGCCGCCAACAAGGCUCUGCGCUGUGCUGAGGUCAUCAUCCCGCUCCUGAGCAGCGUCAACGUUUCAGAUCGUGGGGGACGCACCGCCCUGCACCAUGCUGCCCUUAAUGGGCACACAGAGAUGGUUAGCCUUCUCCUGGCCAAGGGUGCCAAUAUCAAUGCCUUUGACAAGAAAGACUGCCGUGCACUGCACUGGGCGGCAUAUAUGGGUCACUUAGAUGUAGUGUGUUUACUGGUGAGUCAAGGGGCCGAGAUCAGCUGCAAGGACAAGAGAGGAUACACACCUCUACACGCUGCUGCUUCCAACGGUCAGAUCGCUGUGGUGAAACGCCUGCUCAGCCUGGCUGUAGAGAUAGAUGAAGCCAAUGCCUUUGGGAACACAGCGCUGCAUGUGGCCUGCUUUAAUGGACAAGAUGCAGUAGUCAGUGAGCUGAUCAACUACGGUGCUAACGUCAGUCAGCCGAAUAACAAGGGCUUCACACCUCUGCACUUUGCUGCUGCGUCCACUCACGGUGCCCUGUGUCUGGAGUUCCUGGUCAACAGUGGAGCUGAUGUCAACGUCCAAAGUCGUGAUGGGAAAAGCCCUCUUCAUCUGACGGCAGUUCAUGGACGAUUCACACGCUCCCAGACUCUCAUCCAAAAUGGUGGAGAGAUUGACUGUGUCGAUAAGGAUGGAAACACUCCGCUGCAUGUCGCUGCUCGAUAUGGCCAUGAACUUUUAAUAAACACUCUAAUCACAAGUGGAGCUGACUGCACCAGAAGAGGAGUACAUGGCAUGUUUCCUUUGCAUCUGGCCGCUCUGAAUGCUCACGCCACCUGCUGCCGGAAGCUUCUCUCCUCCGGUACCGACUACACCACCGAAUCAAGCUACAUUCACUGCAGGCGGCGUGUGGUCCUGGAACCAGAGAGUGACGGAGUUCAAGCUGAGAGGGAGAAGGAGGCAGCCCUGUGUCUUGAGUUCCUGUUGCAGAAUGGUGCUGCCCCAUCACUCAAAGAUAAACAAGGCUACAGUGCUGUUCAUUAUGCUGCAGCGUACGGCCACAGACACUGUCUGAAACUGCUUUUGGACAGAGAUGAGAACCAACAAGAUGAGAUGGAGAACAGCCAAACCAGAAGCCCAUUGCAUCUGGCCGCGUACCACGGUCACGCACAGGCUCUAGAAGUGCUCUUGGAGGGUCACUGCGAGGUGGAUCAGGGGGAUGAGGUGGGUCGGACUCCACUAAUGCUUGCUGCCCUCAGGGGCCACACUGACUGCGCUCUCACGCUUCUGAACCAUGGGGCCUCGCCGAGAAGCAAAGAUACUAUCCGAGGACGUACACCGAUCCACCUUGCAGUAAUGAAUGGUCAUACAUCGUGCGUGCGCCUCCUGCUGGAAGACUCUGAUAAUGCAGAUCUGGUAGAUACAGCGGACUCUCAGGGACAGACCCCUCUAAUGCUGGCAGUAAUGGGGGGUCAUGUGGAUGCUGUGUCUCUUCUAUUGGAGCGUGAGGCCAGUGUGGACUUGGCUGAUCAUCAGGGUCUGACUGCUUUGCACCUGGGGCUCUUGUGUGGACAGGAGGAAUGUGUUCAGUCGCUGGUGGAGCUAGAGGCAUCUGUGCUGCUGGGGGACUCCAGGGGUCGGACAGCCAUCCACCUGGCUGCAGCGAGGGGUCACGCGUCCUGGUUGAGUGAAUUGCUCAAUAUUGCGUGUUCUGAACCCCCGAUACCUCCAUUACAAGACAACCAGGGAUACACACCCUUACACUGGGCCUGUUACUAUGGUCAUGAGGGUUGUGUGGAGGUCCUACUUGAACAAAGAGAUUUUCGUCACUUUGAUGGGAACCCCUUCACCCCACUACAUUGUGCUGUGGUCAAUGACCAGGAGACCUGUGCCAACCUUUUAUUAGAAGCCAUGGGAUCAAAGAUUGUAACUUGCAAAGACUCCAAGGGCAGGACACCUCUCCACGCAGCUGCAUUUGCUGGCCACAUAGACUGUGUUCAGCUGCUCCUGGCCCAUAGUGCAUCUGUGGAUGAUGUUGACCAAUCAGGGCUCAGUGCCCUGAUUAUGGCAGCGGAGAAAGGAAGAGUCGAAGUUUUAGAAGCUCUACUUACUAGUGCCAAUGUGAACCUCAAUCUGACUGACCAGAAGGGAAAUACAGCUCUCCAUCUAGCCUGCAGUAACGGAAUGGAGGAAUGUGCAUUGCUCAUUCUUGGAAAACUUCCAGACUCUGCCCUCGUCGCUACAAACGCUGCACUGCAAACACCUCUGCAUUUGGCUGCUCGCAGCGGGAUGAAGCAGACAGUGCAAGAGCUGCUCUCUCGUGGGGCCAGUGUUCAAGUACUAGAUGAGAAUGGUCUCACCCCUGCUCUGGCUUGCGCUCCCAGCAGGGAAGUGGCUGACUGCCUGGCUCUUAUUCUGGCUACCAUGAUGCCUUUCUGCUCCCCUUGCAGCUCUGGAGCUCCUUCGCCAGGCGCCCUGCUGAAAUCUCUGCCCCGCCAGGCCAAGAGCACCCAAGGCCCCCGCAGUCCAAGGGACCCCUCUGGCCCCUCCAGUGAGGGCACGACCACCGAAAAUGACUCGGACUCAGAGACAUUUUGACCCCGGCUCCUUCUAGAUGCGCCGGUCAUAGUUUUCAAAGCACAUAUUGUCAUGAACCUUACAGAAGUUGUACAGAUUUUUGUUUAUGGAGCACAGCCUCUAUAACAAGAGAUUAUGACAUAUAGCACACAUGGUACGCUUUUGUUCUGCCACACUUGUUUGCACAGGAGAUUUUUUCGAAAGCCAUUUUAAUCAGUUUAACACAGGUUGAUUGAUGAUGGAUUGCCAAAUGUUGGCUGACUUGUCACACUUGAAGGAUGAUGAUGUAAAGUGCGAAGUGGUGUGUCUUAAUCUGUGGACUUUUGAAAGCACAAAGCCUGUGGAAGCACAAGGGGAGGUCACCCUCAUUUCACCCAUGUUGGGACCAACCAGGAAACAAGAAAUCACAUUUUUGGAACAACAGGGGAAUUGGCGUCACUGUUACCAACCUUACUUAAUAUUUAUUUGUAAUUAAAGGCUGGAAUACACCACACAACUUUUCCCAGAUUUUUGCCCCGAUUCACAGUCUUGACGAGUUGAUGCAGUUGCAGUCGGAGCCGUAUUACAGAUUGACAGAUCGAAAUGACUUGAAAGUCUAAUGGUGUGUGAUUAUCAGCCAUUUAAAAAUCUUUUCAGAUUUGAAAAGUUGUGUAGUGUAUUUCAGUCUUAAGACUAGUUAGACUGAAAGUCUAAAGUCAUGAAAUCCAGUGUAAUGUGAUGAAAAAUCCAAUGCAAGUUCUCCAUUUCUGAAUCGUACACCAGUUGUACUUUACACAUUAUAUUUGACAUGUUGUGAAAAGAAGACUCUUUAGAUGUAAACUGCAAAAAGAGCAUAUUUAAUCCACUGAGAUAACAACAUUUCUAGGCCUUGAUGGUCUAAACUUACAUCUGACGCUUUUGGAGAGUGACAAUUUUGCCACUCGAUUCCUUCUCCGACAUAAAGACAGUGUUCAAAUAAUACUUCUAUUCAGGUUGAAUUUUAGAUUCUAGUGAGAGGGCAUAGCAUGUUAUGUGAACCAUGAUGUUCUCAAGCCUGUACCGAUAUUUAUUAACAUUUAGAUAACAAUGGUACUACAGCAGUAUGCACUUAUGUAUAGGAGUAAAUGGGUGUUUAAAGGAUUAUAAUUCUGCCAUUGUUUACUCAUGUCAUUGUUUUUGUGGAACACAAGAAGAAUCUUAAUGUGGCUUUUUCCAUACACCAAUACUAUGUCUGUCAAGCUCUAAAAGUGACAAAUAAAUACCUCCAAAAGAGCUACAUACUGUAUUCCAAGUCUUCUGAAAUCCUACGAAAGCUUUGUAUGAGAAAGAGGCCAAAUUUAAAGCUGUAAUCCACUGAUAAUAUUUCCCUUCAGUGAGCUGUUGGUUCUGGAUCAUUGUGUUAGUGAAAUGAACCAAAUUGCGAACAAAUCAACCAAUUUAUCAAAAAGAACCAGUUUAAAAGAAUUAUUUGUUCACUAAUUGGACUGAUCAAGUGACUCUGAACUCAGAGACUUGUUCUGGACCCAGCAGCCAACAGCUCACUGAAGGGAAGUUUAUCAGUGAAUAAUGACUUCAAUUGUAGUCUGUUCCUCACACAAAACUAUUAUGUUGCUUCAAAAGACUUCUCCUUUUGUGUCCCAUGAACAGAAAAACAGCAGCGGUUUGAAGUAAUAUGAGAGCAAGUAAAUAAUGACAGAAUUGUGAGUUUGGGGUUAAAUAUUAAUUUAAAAAUGAAUCUAGGACUAUAAUUAACGUUCUCUGUCUUCUUUUUUCUUUCCUUCUGAAAUUCUUUUAAUAAUUUGCACUGGUUGAAUAUCAAUCCUUUUUUUAAACAGAUUUCUAAACAUGCUUUUGGGGGAUGUUAGCAAGAGUGUUUCUUUGCUUUCAAUUUUGAUUCUAUUUUGCUUCAAAAGACAAAGAGCUUUCAGUGAAGAUGGUGUUUUAAUAUCUUGCCGGUCAGAAACUUUCCAAAACAAAUUCAAAAUGAAAAUGUAAACCACCAUUUGUCUGUUUGCCUUUGUCCACAAUGUGCCAGUUUCUCCACCGUGUCCAGUGCCUUGUUCUGCAUUUUCAGAGUUUGUUAGAUUACAUCAGUAUAUGUCUGUCUGUAUGUAUGUAUUAGAGUGUAAUGAAAGUCUGAAGAUGUGAAGAUAAGUCUGGGUCACACCUGCCAAUCACAAGCCAAUGUUUUUCACCAAGUCCUGAUGUUUGUGCCUAUGAGUGUGUGAUUUACAAUAGAAAACAGUCUUUGUACAUAUCAGCUCAUGGACAUUAUCAUCACCAGAGCAAAAAUUGCACACAACUGUCUUAUAACGGAAGCACAUGGUUGAUUUUCUUUUCAUAAAUUAGAUGGAUUGUGAGUGAAAGGACGCAGAAGAAUGAGUCGAACAGUAUUAUAACAGAAAAAAAAAAAGGUUUGAAAUGUGUGACAAUCUAGAUUAUGGUUUCCUCCUUUAUUCCAAUGUUGAAGGUUCUUUGUCAGCUCAAGUUUCUUUUAUAAAAAUUGUAUGACUAUUAU